GGGCUUUAAUCAGAAUUAUUGUAUGGUUUCUUCAGCUACUCAACAAUAGAGAUUCAAGAUGUUCAUGAUCUAUGAUCUAUAGUGUUAAAUUGGGGGUCCUCUAAAUAUUUGAAACUAAAUUGGAUCUCAUAGCACUUCGAUCGAAUCGCUGAAGCUAUGAAUUUCUUCAAGUCGAUUUUAGCCGAUGAUUCGGAUUCUCCCGAGCCCGAAAGUGACCGAGAGUCUGAACAGCGCUCCCCAUCCAGGCAAGACGCAAAUCCAGAAGAAACUGAGGAGGAUGACGAUGACCGGAAUUUCCAAUCAAAAGACGAUCUCAAUUCAAGCUCCAGCCCAACUACGGCCAAUAGCAGUGCGGGUGGUUGGAGUUUCGGAGGUCUGAUGAAGACAUUAGCCUCUCGAUCCGAGUCCGUCCUCGAAACUUACCGCAGGGAUCUGGAGGAAUUCGGGUCUGGUCUUAAGAAAGAGACGGAUCUAAUCCGAGAUGUUGCCAGCCGCGCGGUCAAGGAGCUCCCUGAUGUCGGCGCGUCGGUGGCUCAUGUUUCUUUGGGAUCAGUCAGCAAAACCAUUGAUGGAGUGUUCAAAUCAACCGCUGAGAUCAUUUCUCAAGGUAAAGACUCUCUCCUUCAUGCACCUUAUGAGGCAGCCGCCGAACCUGUAACCCCCGAUGCUAGCCGGAACUUGGAUUCUCGUCGUUACAGUAGGUUUGAUGCCCAGCUGACCACAAUCCAAAAUGAUCCAAAUACUUUCUCGGAGGAACCGGAGGAUUUUGAAGAUUAUACGAAAUGGAAAUCAGAGUUCAACUUAAAUGAUAAGAGGGAUGAAUUUGUGAACUUGAUUGCAGAAAACAGUACCCUAGAGGGUGUUUACAAAAGGCUUGUACCUACAGGUGUGGUUGAUGAAGAGACCUUCUGGUGUAGGUACUUUUACAGGGUGCAUAAGCUCAAGCAGCAAGAGAGUGUUAGAGCUAAGCUUGUGAAGAGAGCAAUAUCUGUAGAUGAAGAAGAAGUAUUAUCCUGGGACGUAGAUGAUGAUGAUGAGGAUGCUAAUCAUGAGGAAACCAGUAGUGCAAAACUAACUAUAGAUGAACAGGGGAGUAAUGAACAAGCUGGUAUUGAUAAUGAUCAAGAUUCAUCCAAAAUUGCCGAGCCAGUUAUUAAAGCUAAUAAUGAUGAAUCGAGAGAUGUCAGUGCUGUUAUUGUUGACGAAAAGAGACAAACUGAAGCCAAUGCUGAUAGUUCUCCUGAAAAGACUACUAUUAAAAGCUCUGUUGUUGAAUCCAGUGGGGAUAUCAAUUUGCCUGAAGAAAAAGCUGAAGAAAGUUUGGAAGUGGCCAAGGAUGCUUCUGCUUUAGUGAUGUCAGUGGAGGGGGAAAGUGAUCAGGGAGCUUCGGGUAAGCGCAAUGGCAAUUCUUCUUUGCAGGAGGAAGAUGAAGACUUUGGCUGGGACGAGAUUGAAGAUAUUGAGAGUGGUGAUGACAAAAAAAUGUCUUCUCGUGUUCAAAGUGCAAAUAGGGAUGAGGUGAGGAAAAGGCUUGCUGAAGAAGAUGACGAGAAUUUGAGUUGGGAAAUUGAAGAUGAUGAUGAGCCUGCUAAAGCUUGAUUCUUGGCCAAUCUCCCGAAUUGCUGUAUUUGGGUACUUGAGGUUCUCAACAUAAUUUAUGAAAAGAUAUACAGCAGGAGCUUGCAAGUAAGACGAAGAUGCAUAUUUUAGAGAGCUUCUAUUUGUGUAGUUCGCCUGUUGUUUUUAAAUUGUCUUCCAUGUUGAAAACUUUCCUUGAUAAAUUGCUUGGUUUGAUAUAGUAGUAAACUGCAAUAUUAAAUUUGUUGACGAGUGAAUGCCUCUGCAAUUGCCAUUUUGUAACAAAUGAAAUAUUAGGCAGUUUGAAGCGUCUGAUUAAUGGUAGCUAUGAACCACUUGUAUGGCUGUAUCAUUGUAUGCCAUUUUGAAUUGUCUUGAUCUCAAGACAGUGAGACUAUUUUCUACUUUUCAUUACAACACACUGUAAGAACAUACUGAUCUAAACAUGUCAAAAACUCCCAGAACACAUUCAGAUCAAUAUGAUGUUUAGCGGAAGCAAAAUAUGGAAUUACAUACCUCCAGCCAUCUCCUUGAAGAACACAAUGAACUGCCCUAGAUGUUUUGCUCUUCCAAGCCCUUCUCUUCACCUUCACUAGAUGGUAUGUGUAUACUAAUGGUAAGGAGCAGACUCAGGGUGCCGAAACAAGAGCCAAUCGGCCGCUAUUUAACGAGCUCUUCCCAUCAAGGAGCUCCCAUCGUGCGGCAAAAGAAUAGGGAGAAGUUACCGAUCUUCUCUCUCGCUAAUGAGUUGGGGAAAUAAUGGGUAAUCUUUAUCUAAUAAAUGGACCACUUCAGAUUAGUUUUUCC